CUCGCUCUCUCACUCCUCCUGGUUCACCCUUGAGUCUUGCGGGCCGGGUCAGGAGCCGUUUCAGAGCCGCGCUCCUCCAGCAGUAAGUCCGGGGCAGCAGUUCCUGUCUCAGUGGUCCUGAGUCUGCGUCCGGAGGAGGUCCGAAGCCGCCGCCGCCAUGGAUGACGUGUACAAAGCAGCGGUGGAGAACUUGACGGAGGAACAGAAAAAUGAGUUCAAAGCUGCGUUCGACAUCUUCAUCCAGGAUGCGGAGGACGGCUGCAUCAGCACCAAGGAGCUGGGGAAGGUGAUGAGGAUGCUGGGGCAGAACCCCACCCCGGAGGAGCUGCAGGAGAUGAUCGACGAGGUGGAUGAGGACGGCAGCGGGACGGUGGACUUCGAUGAGUUCUUGGUCAUGAUGGUGCGCUGCAUGAAGGAGGAGAGCAAAGGGAAGUCAGAGGAGGAGCUGGCCGAACUCUUCCGCAUGUUUGAUAAGAACGGAGACGGAUACAUCGACCUGGAGGAGCUGAAGGCCAUGCUGGAGUCCACCGGAGAGGCCAUCACAGAGGACGACAUCGAGGAGCUCAUGAAGGACGGAGACAAAAACAACGACGGAAAAAUCGAUUAUGAUGAGUUCCUGGAGUUUAUGAAGGGAGUGGAAUAAAUGAUUUUCCUGCUCCGGGAGGCCUCAGACCUCAGGAUCCAUCUCCAUAUCAGCUGAUCUCCAGAUCACCUGGUCAUGAUCUUCCCACAGGCCUGAAAAUGUUUACUGGCAGUUCAUUAAGAGUAAAUAUCUGUAUUUCUGAUGAUUCAUCAAAAUGUCAUACAAAAAGCAUAUUUUCAAUAAAAAAUAUUUGCAGAAUUGUGUUUUAUUUUACA